AAUAAUUCUCGUGAAUCUUAAAAUUCUUCAGGUGUUGCUGGUUUCUUUGUAAAACAUAUCAAAACAGGAAAGUGUAUCAAUGACACAGCACGAAUACAGUCAGAAGGCUCGCUCUGGGGCAGCCUAUCUUUUCUUGAACUCUCCAACAACUGUCUGGAUCCAGCUGCUCAGUUUCGGUUUCGUGAUAAUGGCGCCAUGUUUAAUUUGAAAAGACAAGGAUGUCUCGCUAUCUAUAGAAAGCACAGUUUUCCUGAAAUGUUUUACGUCUACGUUCCUGCCACCCCAGGAGCUAUAGAAUCAUCUGCCUGUGCUGACCACCGGGUUAUAAAACAAACCUCUUGGGGAGGUUUACGUGGAUUUUUGAAAUCUGCAACCAGGUGUGCAGACCCUGAUGGAUACAUAAAAACGACCACAAGCUGUGAAGACGGGGAGAAUAAACGUUUUAUUUUUGGUUCAGUGACAUGUUAUGGAAAAACGACAGAGAAUGUAACUUGUCCUAAAGAUCAGUUCAUGGUGGUUAAGACUGCAUCUUACCGUGGAUUGUCUGACUCAAAGACAUGUGGUUUGAGUGAUGAUUAUAGUUGUACAGUUGAUGUAACAUGUCUUGUUAAGAAACAAUGUGAUGGUCAACAUGAGUGUAAAAUAACUGUGGAUAAAACCUUGUUCUCUGAUGAUCUGUGUCCUGGAUUGAAAAAAUAUCUUUACUUUGAAUAUCAAUGUAUUGAUACAUCAAAACAAUAUUCAUUAUGUGUGGAUAACGUGCAUCUGUCUGACUCAUCUCUACCAAACGAGGGUUUUUUACAAAUAGAUGUGAAAUAUAAUGGAACCAAGACAGUUUGCUGGCAGAGUUUAAAGAACAACGCCAAGGAUGUUAUUUGUCAUCAACUGGGUUAUACACGAACAUCCUCUGUUGUUAAUAAGAUUGCUAUGUCUAGUACGAAAGAAGUAUUUUCUGGAAGCAUUGACUGUGAUGGCAAAGAGCAUCACUUGUCUCAAUGUUCAGUUACAACUUCUCAAAAAAGCUGUUCACAACUCUCUUACAUCAAAUGUCAUAUUUGCAACAAUCUUCUGUUAGAAGACAAAGAAAGAUUUCCAGAUUCGUCAUUCACUGCCUCAGUUUCUUCAGAAGGUCACAGAGCUUCUGAUGCAAGGAUAUCUAGUGGUAGUUCUUGGUGUGCUUCUGUCUCAGAUAGUAAACAUUAUCUUCAAGUGGACCUGGGAAGACUUUACGUGUUAUAUGUUAUAGCGACAUUUGGCGAUAGCACUGGCUCUAAAUGGGUGACAUCAUUUAACCUUAAUUACACUGUUGACCUGGUAAACUGGAGACGAGUACAAGAUGGGACGAUAUUUCAAGGAAACAAGAAUGCUUACAAUGACGCAGCCAUAAGAAGUUUAAAUGACACAACAACAAGAGUUUUACGGUUUAUUCCAUUAUCAAGUGAAGUUCAACCUUGUAUGAGAAUUGAGAUCUGUGGUGACACUUUAUAUCCAGACCAACCUAGAAACAUCACCGCCUUUAAAAUCAAGUCACAAAGUGUUGAAAUAUCAUGGAUUGAUCCUGAGAAUCAAGGAUUUACCAGCGUAUCAAGAUUUUGGAUUAAAAUGAAGAAAGACAACUCACUUAUUCUGAAUAUCAACACAGGAAAAAUAAAUGAAUAUAAAAUAGAUAAACUCACUCCAUACACAAGUUAUGAAAUAUCUGUAGCUGCUGGAAACAAGGAUGGUUUUGGCGAAGAAACGAUUUCUUCAUUUUUAACAUUGGAAGAUGCACCAAGUGGUCCUCCAUUAAACAUCAAAACCACAUCAAGAAGUACAUCGUCUUUGUCUUUCAUUUGGGAUCCUCCUGAGAAAAGUAAACAAAAUGGCGUCAUUAUGGGUUAUACUGUGUGUGUUUCAAAGUCAAAAAAUGGAGAUUGCUUUCAGUCAUUUACAAUCACUGAAAGAAAUUGGGUUGUGCGGGAUUUGAAUCCAUUAACCAAAUACUACAUUCGUGUUCAAGCGAGUACUAAAGCUGGUCGUGGUAACUACAGUGAGAGUAAAGGAUUCUUUACUAAUGGAGGAGCGACAGAACAGGCUGUUGACGUGACAUCAAGUACACUCACAUUUUCAUUGAAAAUUCCUUCAAUUACGUAUUUGCAUUUUUACGUCGUGGGAUUAAAAGUAGAAGACAGCAACGAACUUAGAAUAACUGGUAGUUAUGACAACAAUGAACUAGUGACGUAUGGUGAGGCAAGAAAAUCAUCUGAUCCCAAACCUUACAUUGCUGCAAUCUUUACAUCCGGCGGUGUGAAUGAAGACGUGUUUAUACUUGGUGAUGGUAAGAAUACAAGUGAUUCAACAUCACGAAGACGCAGAUCAACUGCGAGUGAUUACUACAAUGGUCCGCUUGAACCUGGCACUAGAUACAGUAUUUUUCAAAGGAUUAUACUCAAUGAUCAGGAUUAUUACUCUACGGAUUGGAGCCCAGUCUCGAAGACAAGUGAUUAUACAGGCAGUCCUCGUGUGUUAACCAACAUGUCCAGUGGUGACGUAAUGGCAAAGGAAGGUGAUCUUGUCAACUUGCUGUGUUCUGCUCAAGGUGAACCACCGAUCACUUUCAGUUGGGAAAAAGAUCAGAAGCCACUGGAGGCUUUCAUGGAAAAGAACAUGCCUCAUCGUAGUUCUUUACUCGUCGUAACAAUGAAAGGCGAAACAAGUUUUGGAAAAUAUAUUUGUCAUGUUCAUGAUCGAUUUCAGAGCACGAAUCGUACAUUUUUGAUUCAAAAACAGAUUGUUGAAGAUACGGAAGAAGAUUGUGCCGGAAAUCACCUGGUUGGGAUUAUUGUAUUAGCAAUUUUGCUGGUUAUUUCAGUCGUAAUCAAUGCCUACUUAAUCUACCGAUUUCAUCCACUUAAAUCAUCACACAUUACGAAAAAUAUGGAGAAUAACAAGGACAGUCCCAAAGGUGUUUAUGAAAAUCCUGACAAAGAUGACGUCAACAAUUAUGAACAAGUGGAAAAUAUACAGGCGGCGUAUACAGCUCUCCAAAGAUCUGGGAAGGAUGACAAUGAUAAUCAGGCAUAUGCAUAUCUCAAUGAAGUACCCAAAGACAAAAGUCAAGCGGAAACUGGGAUUUAACGCAUUUGUUGAUAAUCUUUAGUUUGGGUCUUCAAACUGAAUAAAAAAAUCAUUCAGUGAUGCUCUGCACAUAACACAUAAGUUCAUAGAAUCAUAUAAAGUCAUUAAGAGUAUGGACAGAAACAUUAGAAG